AUGGGUCCUCAGGAAGUGACUACGCCACAUGAGCCUGUCGACUCGGAGUCAGGAUGGAAGGAGAAGUCGAUCGAGGAUGACUAUGGGGCACCGCGUUAUCAGGAUGCAUUUGGUGACGAGUCAAAUGCUGAAGUCAAGUAUAAGACGAUGGAGUGGUGGCAAGCUGGAAUGUUCAUGAUUGCAGAGUCUGUUUCACUAGGUGUUUUGUCAUUGCCAGCGACCCUUGCACAGCUAGGUCUUGUCCCAGCUCUCAUAUUGAUUAUCGGCCUCGGUCUCCUUGCUACUUAUACUGGCUAUGUUAUUGGACAGUUCCAUCAGGCAUAUCCUCACAUCCAAAACCUGGCCGAUGCGGGCGAUGUACUUAUGGGUGCUUUUGGACGAGAACUUUUCGGUAUCGGCCAGCUGCUCUUUUCUAUCUUUAUCAUGGGAAGUCACAUCCUGACAUUCAGUGUCAUGAUGAAUACAAUUACCGAGCAUGGCACUUGUACUAUGGUUUUCACGACAGUCGGGUUUGUUAUCUGCAUGGUGUGUUCGCUGCCUCGUACCAUGAAGAACAUGACCUAUAUCUCUGGUGUCUCUUUUGUCAGUAUCUUCAGUGCUGUCAUGGUCACCAUGAUCGGCGUAGGCGUCCAGGCCCAUGGAGUCUCAAGGAUCAAGGCCACCAUCGACACUGAUCUGUUCCACGCGUUUACCGCCGUGACUAACAUUGUCUUUGCUUAUUGUGCACAUGUGGCAUUCUUUGGUCUUCUUGCCGAGAUGAAAAACCCGAGGGAAUUUCCAAAGGCACUGUAUAUGCUGCAGACCUUUGAGAUCAUCUUCUAUACUGUCGCCGCUGUUGUGAUUUAUUACUAUGCUGGCCAGUCUGUAGAGUCUCCUGCCCUGGGAUCCGCGGGGCCACUGCUAAAGAAAGUGGCCUAUGGCCUCGCCAUCCCGACUAUCGUUGGCGCUGGUGUUGUCAAUGGCCAUGUGGGUCUGAAAUAUAUUUAUGUCCGUCUUUUCCGUGGAACUGAUAGGAUGCACCGUCGCGACAUGGUUUCCAUUGGGUCGUGGGUUGCCAUCGGCCUAACAUGCUGGAUCAUUGCUUGGAUAAUUGCCGAUGCUAUUCCGGUUUUCAGCGACUUGCUUAGCUUGAUCAGUUCCCUGUUUGCUAGUUGGUUCAGCUAUGGCCUUGGUGGUGUUUACUGGCUGCACAUCAACUGGGGCAAGUGGUUCUCAUCUCCGAGAAAGAUCUGCCUCACGGUCAUCAAUAUGCUGAUUGUGUUGAUUGGCGGAUGUAUGUGUGGUCUCGGUCUUUACGUCUCUGGAAAGGCGAUUCACGAUGAUGCUUCGAGCAAUAGCUUCUCCUGCGCCAGUAACGCUUAG